GUAAAAUAGCUUUCGAAGCCUACACAACCAACACAGUAGGACAUUUUCCAAAUGGAAAGGUGCUUAUUUUCCCAGAAGUCUCCGUAAACGAUGGUCAGGGGUAUAAUUCCAAAACUGGCAUUUUCAAAGCACCGGUUGCAGGAAUGUAUCAGUUCACAGUGCAUGUCUGCAGUGCAAGAAGUAAGCAUAUGGUUGUAGCAAUUAUGAAGGGAGGGGAGCAGAUUGCCGUAACAACCGUAUUUACGGAACCCUACUCGGGUUGCGGGUCUCACAGUACCAUGGCAAGAGUUUCAGAAAACGAAUCUGUUCACGUGGAAGCACGUUGGACUGACAGCCGUCUUCAAUCAGACAUAUAUCGUUGGCCUUCUUUCAGUGGUUUUCUUAUGUAUCGCUAUGAUUGA